AUGUGUGACUUUACCUUUAAAAUAUCUAGUUUUGGUGACUUUAACGUGGAGCAUGGUGGCAGGACGUGUAUAUGGGACAGACUGCGAAUCCAUGAUGGACCAAACAUCUCCUCUCCGGUGAUCGCAACUCUCUGUGGUUCGUCUGUUGGUCCCGUCAUCACAGCAGGAAGUUCUGCCUUCGUGGAAUUCUACAGCGACGAGUCGGUGACUGAUUCUGGAUUUGUCGCCAGCUUCACUGCCUGGAACGACACUUUUACAUGGAACACAACAACGCAGUACAGUACGUUUGCAGUAACGACACCAACACCCAGGCACUGUGGUAACCCAACUGUCUUAAGUGGUAACUCUGGCAGAUUCACAUCUCCAGGUUACCCAGGCAACUAUCCGAACAACGUUUACUGUUCUUGGCAGAUAUCCGUCAGUACUGGCUACGUGGUCGCCAUCCGGUUCAUUUCAUUCUCUCUAGAGAGUGCGACAAACUGUCGUUAUGACUCUCUGGAUGUUUAUGACGGAUCAAGCACAUCUGCACUACAAUUGGCCAGACUCUGUGGUUCAUCUGCCCGAACAAUCUUCACAACCGGCCGGAACGCCUUUGUGGUCUUCCGUACAGACGGGUCGGUGACAGAAUCCGGAUUUUCUGCCAACUUUACCGCAGAGAGAAGAACAUGGUACAACACAACACCGGCAGCGCAAAACAGUUCGUUUGCAGUAACGACACCAACCCCCGGGCAAUGCGGUAACCUAACGGUCCUGAGUGCUAACUUUGGCAGAUUCACAUCUCCAGGUUACCCAGGCAACUAUCCGAACAACGCUUAUUGUUCUUGGCAGAUAUCCGUCAGUACUGGAUACGUGGUGGCCAUCCGGUUCAGUACAUUCUCUCUGGAGAAUGAAACAAACUGUGGUUAUGACUCGCUGGUUAUUUAUGACGGAUCAAGCACAGCUGCACUACGUUUGGCCAGACUAUGUGGUUCAUCUGCCCCAGCAAUCUUCACAACCGGCCGGAACGCCUUUGUGCUCUUCCGUACGGACGGGUCAGUGACAAGAUCCGGAUUUUCUGCCACAUUUACCGCGGAAACAAGAACAUGGUACAACACAACACCGGCAGCGCAAAACAGUUCGUUUGCAGUAACGACACCAACACCCAGGCACUGUGGUAACCCAACUGUCUUAAGUGGUAACUCUGGCAGAUUCACAUCUCCAGGUUACCCAGGCAACUAUCCGAACAACGUUUACUGUUCUUGGCAGAUAUCCGUCAGUACAGAUUACGUGGUGGCCAUCCGGUUCAGUGCGUUCUCUCUCCAGAAUGAAACAUACUGUGGUUAUGAUCACCUGGUUGUUUAUGACGGAUCAAGCCCAUUUGCACCACAUUUGGCCAGACUAUGUGGUUCAUCUGCCCGAACAAUCUUCACAACCGGCCAGAACGCCUUUGUGGUCUUCCGUACGGACGGGUCAGUGACAGAAUCCGGAUUUUCUGCCAACUUUACCGCAAAGAGACGAUCUUGUCGGUCGGACGAGUUCCGGUGUGACAAUUUGGAAUGUAUACCGUUCUCGGCAAGAUGUAACGAUCGUAUGGAUUGUCCUGAUUGGAGCGACGAAUCAAACUGCAUUCACACCUUUGAAGGAGCAUGUGACUUUGAUGAAGAUCAGUGUAACUCUAGAACAACUGCCUCGAGGAGUUUCCGGUGGUACCGACACUCUGGUAGAACAUCCUCCUCCUCUACGGGACCAUCAUCAGACCAUACAAGUGGAUAUGGGUAUUAUAUGUACACGGAAGCUACGUAUGGUAGUACUGGUUCGACGGCCAGUUUAACGUUUCCGAUCAUUCGCUCUGCCGGUCAGCACUGCCUGUGGUGGUUCUACCACAUGUAUGGGGCGACCAUGGGCACACUGAACGUCUAUGUGUCCCAACCUCAGUAUCCUGAUGUUUUAGUAUGGACAAGGUCUGGAAAUCAAGGAAAUCAAUGGCUACCUGCUUCAACCUCUAUUUCAAUAAAUGCUAGUGUAUUUCAGGUUCGCUAUGAAGGCGUAAGAGGAACCAGCUAUACAGGUGACAUGGCGAUUGAUGACAUCGAUGUGGAAUCUGGUCCCUGUCCACCUUGUCGACCUGACCAGUUCCAGUGUAACAAUACCGAGUGUGUGCCUCUCUCAGCCAAGAACAAUGGCCAUCCUGACUGUCUAGAUUGGAGUGACGAAACAAACCGCACGACCUUCCCUAUUGUAUGGGAGCCGUUCAACUUUACGUAUGGCAACAGUUGCACAAGCUGUACCGGUGAGCGUUUUGUAAGGAAAAGCAACUACACCUACGGAGGUCAGAGUCUGUAUGUCGGUGUUGUUUUGUGCUCGCUGACUCAGUACAAGAUAUUUCUGAGUGACAACCUGAACGGGACGUUCCAAAAUAUAGGCGAUGGUGCAGGGCACGGUCAGGACCACUGUGAGCUUGUUGGAGCUUCAUCAGAUCCCCCAUCCUCGUCACUGGAUCCAGAUUAUCAAACCUGUAGUGGAACAGGUUAUUGGCGCUAUCGCCGUGAAGACAAUUUCACGAAGGGAGCCAUCGGUUAUAGAUCGGAAAAUAGCAUCACGUGGUAUGGACGCUGGUACGAGUGCGGUGUUACAAUACCUGAAGACCGAGACGAGGAUGGCUGGAGUUGUAACUUUAAUACAGACCAGUGUAACUCCAUGGUGACUGGUACAAGUGGUGAAGGAGGUUUUCGGUGGAUUCGGCGCUCAACUAACAGUCCCGAUGAACAUGGUAUCCGACUUGUUGGCGGAAAUUCUACCAAUGAAGGCAGAGUUGAGGUGCUCUAUAACGGACGAUGGGGGACCGUCUGUGACGACCAUUGGGGGCUGGAUGACGCUCACGUGGUCUGUCGUCAGCUGGGAUUUCGCGGUGCAACAGCGGCUCCUCGAGUAGCAGCCUUCGGUCAGGGGUCUGGGCCGAUCUGGCUGGACAAUGUAAACUGCGAUGGGUCCGAGACAACCAUUUCUGACUGUGGACACAACGGUUGGGGAUCACAUGACUGUGGGCACUAUGAAGAUGCGGGAGUUGUUUGUGAACGUGCUGUCGCCCAGUCGAUUCCACCUCGACAAGGAUUUUUUAUGCUAGCGCACGGUAGAUUUGGAUCUUCUAAUGCAUCUGCCAGUUUGAAGUUGCCUAUCAUAACCUCCGACGGUCAGCACUGCCUGCGGUGGUCCUAUUACAUGUACGGAUCUGACAUGGGAACACUGAACGUCUUUGUCUCACAACCUCAGUAUUCUGAUAUGUUAGUGUGGACAAGGUCUGGAAACCAAGGAAACCAGUUGCUGUCAGCUUCAACCUCAGUUUUCACCAAUACUACUGUAUUUCAGAUUCGGUUUGAAGCUGUGAUAGGACCUGGUUACGACAGUGACAUGGCGAUUGAUGACAUUUCUAUAAGAUCUGGUCCCUGCACUUCAGCUAACUGUUCCGAUGAUCAGUUUGCCUGCUGGGACGGAAGUUGUAUUCCCACAAACCUGACGUGUGAUGGUAAUUCUGACUGCCAUGAUGGGAGUGACGAGGUCUUUUGUGAUCUUGCGCCAACACCUGGUGUGAAUUGUGGUAAUCCUGAUGUACUGAGUGGAAACAUCGGCAGCUUUACAUCACCAGGCUACCCUAACAACUACCCUGACGACGCCUUAUGUUCGUGGCACAUAUCUGUCAAUACCAGCGAAGUGAUUGCUAUUCGUUUUAAUGUCUUAGACCUACAUCGCUGCUACGAAGAUUUUUUGACCAUAUAUGAUGGCUCAAACACAACAGCGCGUCAAUUAGCCACCCUUUGCGGUUCAAACGGCCGAACGAUCUACACAACCGGCAGAAACGCCUUUGUGGUCUUCCGGUCGGACGGGUCGGAGACAAGAUCAGGAUUUUCCGCCACGUUUGCCGCCGAGAGAAGACCUUGUCAAUCUAACGAGUUCCGGUGCAACAGUUCGGGGUGUGUACCACUCUCGGAUAGGUGUAACGGCCAAGCUGACUGUCUGGAUGGAAGUGAUGAACAUAACUGCACUUGUCGACCUGACCAGUUCCUUUGUGACACCUCGAGAUGUAUAUCACUCUCCUCAAAAUAUAAUCUCCACCCUGACUGCCUAGAUUGGAGCGACGAAUUAAACUUCAGUAUUGUAUGGGAGCCAUUCAACUUUACUUACGAUACCAGUUGCACCAGCUGCGCCGGUGAGCGUUUUGUAAGGCCAAGCAGCUACACCUACGGAGGUCGGAUCCUCUAUGUCGGUGUUGUUUUGUGCUCGCCGACUCAGUACAAGAUAUUUCUGAGUGACAACCUGAACGGGACGUUCCAGAACAUUGGUGACGGGUCAGGACACGGUCAGGACCACUGUGAGCUUGUUGGAGCUUCAUCAGAUCCUCCGUCCUCGUCACUGGAUCCGGAUUAUCGCACAUGUGGUGGAAUAGGUUAUUGGCGCAAUCAUCGCGGACACAAUUUUAUCUACGGAGUAAUCGCUUUCGGACGGUACUAUGGACGCUGGUACCGGUGUGGCGUUACAAUCCCUGAAGGCCGUGACGAGGAUGGCUGGAGUUGUCACUUUGAUGUAGAUCAGUGUAACUCCAUGGUAACUGGUACGGGAGAUUUUCGAUGGGUUCGACGCAGUGGUAGUACACCGUCAUCGUCAACAGGACCGCCAGCAGACCAUACAGAUGGAUCUGGAUAUUACAUGUAUACGGAGGCCAAUUAUGGUAUCCCCAAUGCUACUGCCAGUUUGAAGUUGCCUAUCAUUCGUUUGGACGGUCAGCACUGCCUGCGGUGGUUCUACCACAUGUAUGGAUCUGACAUGGGAACACUGAAGGUCUAUGUCUCCCAACCUCAGUAUUCUGAUAUGUUAAUAUGGACAAGGUUUGGAGACCAGGGAAAUCAGUGGGUGCCGGCGUCGGUGUCAUUUUAUAGCAAUGCCAGUUUAUUUCAGAUCUUGUUUGAAGGUGUAAAAGGAGCUGGCAUCACAAGUGACAUGGCAGUCGAUGACAUUUCUUUAACGUCUGGUUCUUGCACUUGUGGACCUGACCAGUUCCAGUGUAACAAUUCGCAGUGUGUACCUCUCUCAGCGAAGUGUAACGGCCAUUAUGACUGUUUUGAUCGGAGCGACGAAGCAAACUGCACUCACGCCCUUGAAGUCGCAUGUGACUUCGAUGAGGAUCCUUGUAACUCUAAGACAACUGCUGUGGGACGUUUUCGGUGGCUUCGAAACUCGGGUAGUACCCCAGCCUAUGGAUCAGGACCAUCACGAGACCAUACAGAUGGAUCUGGGUUUUAUAUGUACACGGAUUCUAGAUAUGGUUCUUACAGUGCCUUUGCCAGUUUGACGUUCCCCAUUAUCCGCUCUGCCGGUCAGCACUGCCUGCAGUGGUUCUACCACAUGUACAGUGCAUCUCGAUAUAGAAUGGGAACACUGAACGUCUAUGUCUCCCAACCUGAGUACGCUGACAUGUUGGUAUGGACAAGGUCUGGAAGCCAUGGGAAUCAGUGGCUAUCAGCUUCCUUUCCCAUUUUGCCAAAUGACACUGUAUUUCAGAUUCGCUUUGAAGGCGUAACACGAUGGAGUUAUUACAGUGACAUGGCGAUCGAUGACGUUUCUGUAACACCGGGCUCCUGCCCUUGUCGGCCUGGCGAAUUCCGAUGCAGCAACGAACAAUGUGUUCCGCUGUCUGAGAAGUGCAAUGGUCAUCCUAACUGUCUAGAUUGGAGCGACGAGACUAAUUGCACAAUCGACCCUAUCGUAUGGGAGCCAUUUAACUUCACUUACGACGACAGUUGCACAAGCUGUACCGGUGAGCGUUUCGUAAGGAAAAGCAACUACACCUACGGCGGUCGGAUCCUCCAUGUCGGUGUUGUUUUGUGCUCGCCGACUCAGUACAAGAUAUUUCUGAGUGACAGCCUGAACGGGACGUUCCUGAACAUUGCCGAUGGUGCAGGACACGGUCAGGACCACUGUGAGCUUGUUGGAGCUUCAUCAGAUCCUCCGUCCUCGUCAAUGGAUCCAGAUUAUCGCACCUGCAGUGGAACAGGUUAUUGGCGGUAUCGUCGUGAAGACAAUUUCACCAUUGGAGACAUCGGUUAUGGAUCGGAAAACAGCAUCACGUGGUAUGGACGCUGGUACGAGUGCGGUGUUACAAUACCUGAAGACCGAGACGAGGAUGGCUGGAGUUGUAACUUCAAUACAGAUCAGUGUAACUCCAUGGUGACUAGUACAGAUGGUCAAGGAGGUUUUCGGUGGAUUCGGUCAACUAACGAUACCGAUGGAUAUGGUAUCCGACUUGUUGGCGGAAGUUCCUCCAAUGAAGGCAGAGUUGAGGUGUUCUAUAACGGACAAUGGGGGACCGUCUGUGACGAUUCUUGGGGGCUGAAUGAUGCUCACGUGGUCUGUCGUCAGCUGGGAUACACCGGUGCUACAGCAGCUCGUGGGUCAGCAGCCUUCGGUCGGGGGUCUGGGCCGAUCUGGCUGGACGAUGUGGACUGCAGUGGUUCCGAGACAACCAUUUCAGACUGUAGACACAGAGGAUGGGGAUCACACAACUGUGGGCACUAUGAAGAUGCAGGAGUUGUUUGUGAACGUGCUGUCGCCCAGUCGAUUCCACCUGGACAAGGAUUUUAUAUGCUAGCGCAUGGCAGUUUUGGAUCUUCUGAUGCAUCUGCCAGUUUGAAGUUGCCUAUCAUAACCUCCGACGGUCAGCACUGCCUGCGGUGGUCCUAUUACAUGUACGGAUCUGACAUGGGAACACUGAACGUCUUUGUCUCACAACCUCAGUAUUCUGAUAUGUUAGUGUGGACAAGGUCUGGAAACCAAGGAAACCAGUUGCUGUCAGCUUCAACCUCAUUUUUCACCAAUACUACUGUAUUUCAGAUUGGGUUUGAAGCUGUGAAAGGUCCUGGUGACGACAGUGACAUGGCGAUUGAUGACAUUUCUAUAAGAUCUGGUCCCUGCACUUCAGCUAACUGUUCUGAUGACCAGUUUGCCUGCUGGGACGGAAGUUGUAUUCCCACAAACCUGACGUGUGAUGGUAAUUCUGACUGCCGUGAUGGGAGUGACGAGGUGUUUUGUGAUCUUGCGCCAAUAACAGCACCUGUUGUGAAUUGUGGUAAUCCUGCUGUACUGAGUGGAAACAUCGGUAGCUUUACAUCACCAGGCUACCCUAACAACUACCCUAACAACGCCUUGUGUUCCUGGCAGAUAUCUGUCAAUACCAGCGAGGUGAUUGCUAUUCGUUUUAAUGUCUCUGACAUACAUAGCUGCCUUGUCACCAUAUAUGAUGGAUCGAGCACAGCAGCGCGUCGAUUGGACACUCUUUGCGGUUCAUACAGCCGAACAAUCUUCACAACCGGCCGGAACGCCUUUGUGGUAUUCCGUACGGGUACGGGCGGAUCGGAGACAAGAUCCGGUUUUGCCGCCACGUUUGCCGCCGAGAGAAGACCUUGUCAAUCUAACGAGUUCCGGUGCAACAGUUCGGGGUGUGUGCCACUCUCGGAUAGGUGUAACGGCCAAGCUGACUGUCUGGAUGGAAGUGAUGAACAUAACUGCACUUGUCGACCUGACCAGUUCCUUUGUGACACUUCGAGGUGUAUACCAAUCUCAGCAAAAUGUAAUCGCCACCGGGACUGUCUAGAUUGGAGCGACGAACUACUAAACUGCACAUGGGUGCCGUUUAACUUUACGUAUGACAACAGUUGCACCAGCUGUACUGGUGAGCGUUUUGUAAGGCAAAGCAGCUACACCUACGGAGGUCGGAUCCUCUAUGUCGGUGUUGUUUUGUGCUCGCCGACUCAGUACAAGAUAUUUCUGAGUGACAACCUGAACGGGACGUUCCGGAACAUUGGUGACACGUCAGGGCACGGUCAGGACCACUGUGAGCUUGUUGGAGCUUCAUCGGAUCCUCCAUCCUCGUCACUGGAUCCGGAUUAUCGCACCUGUCGUGGAACAGGUUAUUGGCGCUAUUAUCGUGGAAGCAAUUUUAUGUAUGGAUCAAUCGGUUAUAAUUCCGGAUCCGGAUGGUUUAGUAGUAGUCGACGGUCUUAUGGACGCUGGUACAGAUGUGGUGUUACUAUCCCUGAAGGUCGUAACGAAAGUGACUGGAAUUGUCACUUUGGUACAGAUCAGUGCAACUCCAUUACAAGUGGUACAGGUUCAUUUCAAUGGAGACGAAACUCUUAUAGUACUCCAUUAUCAUCAACAGGACCGUCAGCAGACCAUACGAAUGGAUAUGGGUACUAUAUGUACACGUAUGCUGGAUUUGGUUUUCCCAAUUCAACUGCCAGUUUGAAGUUGCCUAUCAUUCGUUUCGACGGUCAGCACUGCCUGCGGUGGUUCUACCACAUGUAUGGAUCUGACAUGGGGACACUGAACGUCUAUGUCUCCCAACCUCAGUAUUCUGAUAUGUUAGUAUGGACAAGGUCUGGAAACCAAGGAAAUAUUUGGUGGCCAGCGUCUACGUCUGUUUUCAUCAAUGCAAGUUUAUUUCAGGUUCGGUUUGAAGGUAUCAGAGGAUCUGGCUACACCAGUGACAUGGCAAUCGAUGACAUUGAUAUAACAUCUGGUCCCUGCAUUUGUCAACCUGACCAGUUCCGGUGUAAUGAUUCACAGUGUGUACCUCUGUCAGCAAAGUGUAACGUCCAUGUUGAUUGUCCGGAUGGGAGUGAUGAAGAAAACUGCACUUAUCCGUUUGAGGGGGGUUUGAGAUGUAACUUUCAAGACGAUCAUUGUAACUUGACGAGAACUGCUACCGGGAGCUUUCGGUGGAUUCGACAAUCUGGUGGCACCCCAUCAUCUUCAACAGGACCAUUCGUGGAUCACACAAAUGGAUUGGGGUUUUAUAUGUACACGGAAGCUAGUAGUGGUUUUACUGGUGCGACGGCCAGUCUGACGUCGCCCUACAUUCGCUCUGCCGGUCAGCACUGCCUGCGGUGGUUCUACCACAUGUAUGGGGCGACCAUGGGGACACUGAACGUCUCUGUCUCUCAACCUCUGUAUCCGGACAUGUUAUUGUGGACAAGAUCCGGAGACCAAGGAAACCUGUGGUUACCGGCCUCAACAUCUAUUUCGAUCAAUGCUGCUGUAUUUCAGAUUCGGUUUGAAGGUGUAAGAGGAACUAGCUUCACCAGUGACAUGGCGAUUGAUGACAUUGCUUUAAGCUCUGGACCCUGCGCCACUUGCAAUGCGAGCCAGUUUGCCUGCUGGGACGGAAGUUGUAUCCCCACCAACCUGACGUGUGAUGGUCAUUCUGACUGCCCAGAUGGAAGUGAUGAGGUGUCGUGUAGAUGUGAGCCAAUCCAGUACAACCGCUGCAUGGGCUUGUCAUACAACCAGACAUCAUUCCCAAACAUCUUUCGGUGGCCGUCUCAAACCGCUGCUUUUCAGAAUGUGCAAUCAUUGUUCCCGCUAUACGAUCGAAUUAGGGACUGUCAUCGGGACCUGCAUGCCUUCUUGUGUUCGAUAUUCUUCCCUAGAUGUACGUCGAAUGGACAAGUAUAUCCAUGCCGUUCACUUUGUAACGAGAUCAAUGCUACAUGUGGCGCACGAGCCAAUGCCCUAAACCUGCAGUGGUACGAUUCUAUUUGUGAACUCCUUCCCGAGACCAACUGUGCUGUUCCAAAUGCGAUUCCAUCGCAAGAAUGUGGAAACACAACUGAACUAACGGGCUUCUCCGGUAAUUUUACGUCCCCUGGUUUCCCUGGCAACUACCCUAACAACGCCCACUGUUCCUGGCUGAUAACUGUGAGCCCUGACAAGAUCGUCGUCAUCAGAUUUGCAGCGUUCAACUUGGAAAGCUCUACUGGCUGUCGUUAUGACUCCCUCGCUGUGCAUGAUGGGCCGAAUGGCACUGCUCCUGUGCUCGCCAACUUCUGCGGUUCAUCAGCUAGGUCAGUCUACACCACUGGAAACAGCGCCUUUGUCAUGCUCACCAGUGAUAGUGCAGUGACGACCUCUGGAUUCCAUGCCACCUUUACUGCUGAGGAUCCCCCUCGAACAUGCUCUCCUGAAGAGUUCACAUGUUGGAAUGGGGACUGUGUCAACACGACCCUUACCUGUGACGGCAUCAGAGACUGUUCUGAUGGAAGUGAUGAAAUCGAUUGUGUGCACUUUGGGUCCAAGUGCGGUGUUCCAGCUAUACAGCCGACCUUCCCCGUAGCCCGUAUCGUCGGUGGUAACGCUGCCCGCCCGGGGAGCUGGCCCUGGCAGGUCCAAUUGUUGCGUUAUGGCUCAUUCCACUGCGGCGGUAACCUCAUCCACCCUCUCUGGGUCCUAACCGCUGCUCACUGUGUGGCAAAUCCUUCACCAAGCAUCUACAACGUUAUCCUGGGGAAAUAUAACAAAUUCAGUACCGAUCCAACAGAACAACGCCUGCAGAUCUCCAAGAUCAUUAUUCACAGCGGAUAUAGCCGUAACCCGACAAAUAAGGACCUGGCCUUACUGAAGCUGGCCCGACCUGUGACACUGAACCAGAACGUGUGGCCAGUCUGUCUUGUCUCGGGCCCAGGAGCCGAUCCUCCCGAGGGAACCAGCUGUGUCACUACGGGAUGGGGAAGUACUCAAGGCACAGGAAACGACACCGUCCUGAAGCAAGCCCGUAUCCCAUUAGUCAGCAAUGAGAAAUGUGACGACUCCACUUUGUAUGAUGGACAAAUCACCGACUUUAUGAUCUGCGCGGGUUACUAUGAUUCCGGGGGCCAUGGACCCUGUUUUGGUGAUUCCGGUGGCCCCCUUGUGUGUUUAACUGGAGGGAGAUGGACCCUUUACGGUGUUGCCAGCUGGGGGGCGUCAAACUGCGUCACACCUCACCACCCAGGAGUGUACGCCAGGGUCAGCACCAUGCGCGGCUGGGUACACCAAACAAUGGAAAACAACUGAAGAAAGAUCGCCAAUACCCGGAAUCUCUUUAAAUGAAUGAAUGAAUAAAUGACUGGCUUAUUUCAAUAACAAAAUCACAGUAGAUGACAUGCUAUUUCAGCUAUUGAGGCAUGAUUAAUUAGAAAAUUAAAAGAUUUGUUAUCUACGCUAUUAUGACACAUUUAUGUUUAGAAGAACAAAGGAGAUUAGGCAUUACGUUACUGCAAGAAACUGCAUCGCGGUGGUCCUAAGCCUAGAGGUUUUGCAUUGGAUUGAGAGAAUUUUUUUCACUAGCGUAAGUGGAUCAUUUUAAUACAGAUUGUGCAGAUUUUCUGCAUGGCUCGAUGCGUCUCUGUUACAGUGCCAUCAGAGACAGUUGGAUCCAUGGAAUAGCCAGUUUACAUAGUUCUGACCUAUCAUAAUUUUGCACUUAACGAUGAAUAAAUGUUUUGAAGCCUUAGGACUUUCAGUUCAAACAAAGCUUUAGUGAAAUUAUGGUAAAAUCCUGCCUUUUGUGAGUGCUAUAUGCUGUAAUUAGUAUUUACAGAAAUGACAUUUCUAGAGUGAUUUUUUCAUAGUUAUUACUGUUUUAGUUAAAAAAAUGCGUAGCUACAGCUAUAUAUUCACUAAGUAUAAUUGCAUGUAACAGCAUAGAUAGCAAUAUAAAGAUAUAAAGCACUCAUUCAAGCACUUAAACUAUAAAUUAUGCAUAGAAGUAAAUUAAUUUCAUACUUAUAGUUUAUUGAUUUGUGUAAAUGAAUUACACAAUAAACGUCUAGUGAGUCGAACCAUAGGAGCCAAUAUAGAACUUUAUUUUACCGUUCUUUUUACAAUCUAUGUUAAAGCUAAGGUUCUUCAACAACUAAAUAGUAAUGGUCAAUAACGCUUAACUAAUGCUCAGCGUACGUCUUAUAGGUGCAUACUUUGUUAGGAACUUCGGCUGGAACAAGUGGAAUAAACUAUCCUAACUGUCCCAACUGCCUCAGAUUUUUUUGUUCUAAUACUUGAUAUUUACAGUGUAAAAAGUACAUAUAAUAAAAAUACAUAAUACAUGGGUAAUUGAGCUUUAACUAAAAGAUACUGUAUUUUAGCAUCUAUUUAAACUCGUGAAAAAAGUUAAAUUAAGUCAGUUAAAUUCUGUAUGUGUCAUUUGACUACAUUGUGGAUUUCGAAAUUGUCCAGCUAAUAGAAACAGAUGAAAAACGAUGUGCCAACGUAAAAUACAAACUAGGUAUAAUCUGCAUUUUCAAAAUACAUUGAUAAUGUAUAUAUAAGGUAUAUGUGCCCAAUCAUUGGUCUAUCGCGGAACUGUAGCGACGGGCAACUUGUCAAUCGGU